AUGGCGGGAUCUGAAACCACAAAAACUGUCAUCGCUGCUACCACCACCACCGCAACCAUCCUCGCACAACCAAUCAAAUCAACAGUCCGUCGAUUCGUCGGUGUCAGACAAAGGCCUUCAGGAAGAUGGGUUGCUGAGAUCAAGGACUCAUCACAGCGUGUAAGACUAUGGCUAGGAACUUAUGACACACCUGAAGAAGCUGCCCGAGCCUACGACGAAGCAGCCCGAGCCCUUCGUGGCGAAAAUGCUCGGACCAACUUUGCUGCUGCAGUGAAUCCAAACCUUAGUAAUUCGUCCUCGUCCCCUUGUAACGGUGGGUUUGUUUCUGAAUCCGAGGGCCGCCAUGGCCUCAGCUUCUCUUCCUUGAAAGCCAAGUUAAGUAAGAAUUUGCAGAGUAUCAUGGCUAGGAGUUCCGAAAAUAGGGCUUCUAAAAGAAGGGUAAGUGACCACUUCACUUUUGCUAGUAUUUUUCAUAGGGGUAAUAACUAUCAGUACCAAAGUCCAGCUGAUAUUAAGAACAUCGAGAAGGUGGUGCAACCAAGCAUAAUUGUGCCUCCUGUGACUGUGACUGAUGAGCUAGCUUCUUCUUGGGAGAGCUCAAGUGUGUCGGAUUGUAGCGGUGAGUGGAUCGGAUUCCGGCAACAUGGGGUGGAUUCCGAUGGAUCGGAGUCCGGAGAAGUUUAUUUUAGCUAUCAACAAGGGUAUGGGGAUCAAAUGAUGGGGUGGGUGAGUAGUCCAGAGGUGAGUAUUAGUGGUGGGAGUGAAGUUUCGAGGAGCAAGAGGUUCAAGGUUUCUUCUUCUGUGCUUGUUCCUCCAACCUUUAAUGAAUCUUCAUUUAAUGGAGGUAACUAA